UGCCCCGUGGACCGCGCGGAGCUCGGCCGGUCGACGUGGGACCUGCUGCACACGACGGCGGCCUACUACCCCGAGUCGCCGACGGAGCGCGACCGGGCGGCCGCCGCGGGCCUCGUCGCGGGCCUCGCGGCGCUCUACCCCUGCGAGCACUGCGCGGCGGACUUCCGGGAGGCCGUGGAGGCGUCGCCGCCGGACCUCGCGUCGCGCGCGCUCUUUUCCAUCUGGACGUGCGAGCAGCACAACCUCGUGAACGCGAAGCUCGGGAAGAAAACCUUCGACUGCGCGCUCUCGGCCCUCGACGAGCGGUGGAAGCACGGC